AUGAAAAGAAAUGAACCGGUUAUUAUUUCCAAUGCAAUUCGUAACUGGAAAGCGUCUAGAUUCUGGGUGAAUACGAGCGGAACUCCCGAUUGGAAGCUUCUGAAGACGAUUUUUGGUGUGUCACGUCAUUUUUGUAGUAUUUGUUUUUAGGAAAUGUUCAGGUACCCAUAACAACAGAUGGGAACUGCCUUCAGAAACGUAUUCCUUUUUCGGAAUUUGUGAGCAAUCUGUCAGAUGAUCAUUCUUAUCAAUUUUAUCUUAAGGAUUGGCACUUUGUAAGUGAUUUUGUUACUAUUCAAUUGUUUUUAGUGUCUUGAUUCAAGGGAAAAUUGGUAUGAGAUUCCAAGUUUUCUGAGGUUGGACUGGGUUAAUAAUAAGAAGGAAGUGGCUGAGAACGACAUUUUUCGAGGGGAUUAUCGCUUUUGUUAUAUUGGAGGCUCAAGUACAUGGUAAGACUUUCGUUUCCCUAUAAAAACCUUUCUAUUUUUUGGAGGACGGGAUUUCAUGCCGAUGUCAUGAAUUCAUAUAGUUGGUCAGCCAACAUUUGUGGAAGAAAACGAUGGAUAAUGAUACCUAAAACGGUCACAAAAAUCAGAAAUGUUCAUUUGGAGGACAUUGAAGAUAUAAGAAAAUUUGAUUGGAAAUCAGUUGGUGGAAUUGAAUUCGAACAAAUAAGAGGAGAGAUCGUAUUUGUACCCAGCGGAUGGUAUCAUCAAGUACACAACAUGGAGAUCACCAUUUCUAUAAAUCAUAAUUGGAUUAAUCAAUUUAAUAUUGAAUACGUCAUCGAUUUGUUGUUAGAAAGACUAAAAGAAGUGAAGAAAGAAGUAACAUUAAUGGGGAGCGAUGUGGACGACCCAGUGGCGACAGUUGAGGUGAGUCAUCAUAUUUAAUACCUAUAUUAUUUGUUUUACAAUCUUACUUAUUCUAAACUUUCUGUUCAGAAGUUGCUUCGAGAUGAUUAUGGAUUGAAUCUCGGAUUUGCACAAAAAUUAUUGGAGAUUAUGGCACAUUCCUCAGAGUCGGGAGAUCUAGUCGCAGAUAGUCAGGAUGUAAAUCUUAUUAAGGAAAAAGAAAAUAUAUGUAAAUUUCUUUUAAAUCGGGUAAUUGGAGAGCAAACUGACUUAUUGGAACUCCACUGGUUUAAAGAAUAA